GCACGACCUGCGCUCAGCCACUAAGGAGUCACUGUUAGCUGUUCUGCCGGCGGGUUGCUCUUCUCAGCCAUGGCUCCUCGCUGCUGGCGCUGGUGGAGCUGGUCCGCGUGGCCUGGGGUUCGGCCGCUUCCCUCCAGGAGCACUCCGAGUAGGAGCAGGGCUCUUGGGGCUGCACUAGGGCGAGGGGAGGCCUGUGAUCAAGAGUGGGGUUCCGAGCGGACCUGAGGCAAGGCUGGAGAGGGGCAAAGCUGAAGGUGUCUGCUCUUGCGGGAGAAAUGGGAGUGGUGUAGAAGGGAGGUUCUGUGCGGUGAGAUAUAAGACGUCCUGGGUAAGACGGGUCAGUAAAGGCUAAAAGGAUAGACCAGGAGGUCCUUAUGUGAGAUACGAGGUGAAUGGAAGUGACAGGCAAAUCUGAGGUGAGGAUAUGAACAAUAAUAGAGUUCUGUGGGGGAAAAGGGGAUAGGAAAAAGCAAGAUAGAAACGUGAUGGGGAUAUGAAGACGUGAGAUCACACAGGGAACCUCACAAGAAAAAUGAAGUGCUGUGCAGGACAGCUUCGGGGGAUAAGGAGGUCGGGAAGAUUAUCGUUAUUGUUCAUGGGUGAGGCAUGGGGUUCUGGAUAAAGACAGCUCUGGCAUUCAGAUGAAAUGGUGAAGCUUUGAGGAACAGAACAAGGAAGAUGCAGCCCCUGGCUUCUGCAAGAAGUUCUCCACACAGGAGACAACCCCUCAGAUCUGUGUGGUCGGCAGUGGCCCAGCUGGCUUCUACACAGCCCAACACUUGUUGAAGCACCACACCCGGGCCCACGUAGACAUCUAUGAGAAGCAGCUCGUCCCCUUCGGCCUGGUGCGCUUUGGUGUGGCACCUGACCAUCCUGAAGUAAAGAAUGUCAUCAACACAUUUACACAGACAGCCCGCUCAGACCGCUGUGCCUUCCGGGGCAAUGUGGUGGUGGGCAGGGACGUGUCCGUUCCAGAGCUUCGGGAAGCCUACCAUGCUGUGGUUCUGAGUUAUGGAGCCGAGGACCACCAACCCCUGGAAAUUCCUGGCGAGGAGCUGCCUGGAGUGGUCUCAGCCCGGGCCUUUGUGGGCUGGUACAAUGGGCUUCCUGAGAACCAGAAGCUGGCUCCGGAUCUGAGCUGUGACACGGCUGUGAUUCUGGGGCAAGGGAAUGUGGCUCUGGAUGUGGCCCGGAUCCUGCUGACCCCACCUGAGCACCUGGAGAAAACAGACAUCACAGAGGUUGCACUGGGGGUCCUGAGGCAGAGUCGGGUGAAGACUGUGUGGAUAGUGGGUCGGCGUGGACCCCUGCAAGUAGCCUUCACCAUUAAGGAGCUUCGGGAGAUGAUUCAGUUGCCAGGAACCCAGCCCAUUUUGGAUCCUUCGGAUUUCUUGGGCCUCCAGGACAGAAUUAAGGAUGUCCCCCGUCCAAGGAAACGGCUGACAGAGCUGCUGCUUCGGACAGCCACGGAGAAGCCAGGAGUGGAAGAGGCUGCCCGCCGGGCACUGGCCUCUCGGGCCUGGGGCCUCCGCUUUUUCCGAAGCCCCCAGCAGGUGCUACCCACCCCAGAUGGUCGACGGGUAGCAGGCAUCCGCCUGGCAGUUACCAGACUGGAGGGUGUUGGUGAGUCCACACGGGCAGUGCCCACGGGAGAUGUGGAGGACCUCCCUUGUGGGCUGCUGCUGAGCAGUGUUGGGUAUAAGAGCCGUCCCAUCGACCCCAGCGUGCCCUUUGACCCCAAGCUUGGAAUCAUCCCCAACACAGAGGGCCGGGUUGUGAAUGCACCAGGCCUCUACUGCAGUGGCUGGGUGAAGAGGGGACCCACAGGUGUCAUCACCACAACCAUGACAGACAGCUUCCUCACCAGCCAGGUGCUGCUGAAGGACCUGAAGGCCGGGCUGCUGCCCUCUGGCCCCAGACCUGGCUAUACAGCCAUUCAAGCCCUGCUCAGUGAUCGAGGGGUCCGGCCAGUCUCUUUCUCAGAUUGGGAGAAGUUGGAUGCUGAGGAAGUAGCUCGAGGCCAGGGCACUGGGAAACCAAGGGAGAAGCUGGUGGAUCGAAGAGAGAUGCUGCAGCUGCUGGGGCACUGAACCUGGGCCCCAGACCCCACCGUACAAGAAGAGCUGUGCUGGGUUGGCAGUUGGGUUACAGUGCUGACUGUCCUGGCUUGGAGGCCGACCUGUGGCCUUUCCAGGGCCCUCUGAGCUCUGCCUCAGUUAACCUCCCAGUGUGGGUUUAGGCCCAGGAGGGAACCUGAGCUAGGGAUGGAUGGAGGUACGGACAGACCCUACCCAUCUUGUUUCCUUCCUGUCGGACGAUGGUAGGCCUCUAGACUGGAACACAGUGGAAAUAAAACAGACGUGCCUAAGA